AUGAAGCGUGAUGCCGAGACCUGGCUGCCUCCACGGUCUUGGUUUGAAAAAAUCCGGGCGCCCCAUGGCAGCAGCUCAGCUUUUAGGUACACUGCGGGGACUCCCUACAAGGUCCCACCGACCCAGAGUAACAACGCACCUCCUCCCUACUCGCCGUCUCCAAACCCAUACCAAACCGCUAUGUACCCCAUCAGAAGUGCCUAUCCGCAGCAGAACCUGUACACCCAGGGAGCUUAUUACACCCAGCCCGUGUAUGCGGCACAGCCUCACGUUAUCCAUCACACCACCGUGGUUCAGCCCAACAGCAUCCCAUCGGCCAUCUACCCGGCCCCGGUCGCUGCGCCCAGGACCAACGGUGUGGCCAUGGGCAUGGUCGCUGGGACCACCAUGGCCAUGUCAGCAGGAACCUUGUUGACCACCCCACAACACACCGCCAUCGGAGCACAUCCAGUGUCCGUGCCAACGUACAGGGCUCAAGGAACCCCCACCUACAGCUACGUACCUCCACACUGGUAAACCCACUGGCCAAUUCAUAUCCGGAGUCCAACAUUGUAUGCAACUACACAAGUCUUACAUCGGGGCUGCGGCCGCCGUGCUGCAGCACCUCGUCUGUUUGCAAGAACAAAA